UAAAUCUUGGUCUUCAUAAAAUACACCCCAAAGCAGUCCUUCCUGUCUGCGGCACCCGUCUCCUACGUAUACACACACAUUAGAAAAAAACACAAAACAUUCACACACAAAUAAAAAAAAGAAAGAGACUUGAUUUGAGCUGUCGACCCAUGUUCACUGUCCGACUUGCAUAUCCAACACCUCGCCCUCCUCGUCAUACGGAAAACUCGCGCUCUGCCGUCCAGUACGCCGCGGGACUCCGUCCGAGCGGCCAAAGCGACACGAUCACGUCGCCAAGGAGGGCCCGGCAGCCCGAACCAGAAGCGGACCGGGCGGGCCGACCUGAAGACAACGGGGUCCGACGGGAGCGGCGAGAGGCCGUUGACGGCGAGUUAACGGCGGGCCCCCCAGCUCGUGAGUAGGUUGUCGCUGUUUUGAGAAAAGACUGUUCAGGAUGUUUUAUACACAGCUAUUCAUGUGCAAGCGUGGGCCACUGGCUAAAAUAUGGCUUGCAGCUCACUGGGAAAAGAAGAUAACUAAAGCUCACGUGUAUGAGUGCAAUUUAGAAGACACUGUUAAAGACAUACUUUCACCAAAGGUUAAAAUUGCUCUGAGAACAUCGGGACAUUUACUGCUCGGAGUAGUGAGAAUCUAUUCAAAGAAAGCAAAAUAUCUUCUUGCGGAUUGCAAUGAGGCUGUUGUUAAAAUUAGAGUGGCCUUUCGUCCAGACCUAACGGAUCUCCCCAUUGAGAAUGCUGAAGCUACAUAUAAAGCAAUCACCUUGGCUGAGAACUUCCAUGACUUUGAGUCUCAGCUGCCUGCUGUCAACACCAUCGAAGUCACUGAACAUUUCACUCUGAACCAGUGCCGGAAUGAAGACAUCACACUUCGAGAAGAUUAUGGGAAUAACUUUCUUCUGGACGACAACUUUGGAGUUGAGAUUCACUCGAGACAGCAUGACCUGUUCGAUAAUGGCGUGCAGAUCAACACAGAUGAUUCCAUCCUGCCCAGCUUUGAAAGCCUGGCAGACAGACUCACAGCAGAUGGGUUUGGAGAUGAAGAAAGUGGUUUUGAUAUUUUCAACCUUGUUUUAAAUGAUGAAGAUACUAUGCAGAAACAACUUUUCAAUGAGAACGAGGAAAAAACUAUGUCAUCGUCGGACAUCAACAACAAUGACAUACAAAUUCAGGAGCAUGUUGAGGAGACUUCAGCAGUAAAAGAAACAGUUCUGUUGGAAGAUGAGGAUCAAGGCUUUGCGUUGGAACCCAUUGCAGAAAGUGCUUCUUCUGACUCGAAGAAACGAAAGAGAAAGAGGAAGCUUGUUGUGGACCAAGAUAAGGAGCUUUCAAACGGCGUCAUUCGGGAACAGAUUGCAGGCUACUCCGAUAUCGUCACCACGUUCAGUUCGGCACCGCCACUGAAAAAGCUGAUGAGCUGGAAAGAGAACGGAGGAGUGGACAAGCUCUUUCGUCGAUCCUGCUUUACUUUCAUAAACAGUCAGUUAUUUGAGCUUUUUCCAAAAGACCUCAUACGUGGUGGUUUGAAGAGGAAUACAAAUUUCGAAGAGCAUGAAAAGGAAGAGCUCAGGAACCUGCAGAUGGAUGGUACAGGAGACUGUGAAACACUCAUGCACAUGAUUGAAGAUCCAAGUAUUCUACAGACCUCAGUGGCUCAAGACUCAACAAGGAGGAGCAUUGAUCACACACCGCUGUUGUCAACAGAUAACGAGAGCAGUCUUGUUUGGAACAGGGAAAAUGAAGAAGGUGUUGGAGAGACAUUUGCAGGAAUGCCUUCAGAGGAUUCAUUGUUUGUUCAUCCAUCAGCAGAGAUACAAGCAGAAAUAUCACAGACUCAGACGCAGUCUGUCCAGGAAGAAACCUUACAGGAUUGUGAAGAUUCAGAAGACAGAAGGAUCAAUAAGAGGGUUCAGUAUCUGUUGCAGACUUUAAGAAAACAGAGCUACGCAGGAAAUACAUCAUUCAGUUUACAGAGUCUUUUUAAAAAUGAAAAUCGUAAACGGGUUGCUACAAUGUUCUUUUGCUUUCUGGUGUUAAAGAAGCACAAUGCUGUUGAGGUCUAUCAGAGCAAACCUUAUGAUGAAAUCAUUGUAAAACCUGGAAUAAUGUUUAAUAAGUUGUAGUUUUAAAGUUAAAGUAAGAGUACUAUGUUCUGCUUACACAGUGAGGUAUUAAUGAUUCUUACAGAUAUUUUUAUACCUUGUGGAAACUAAAACUAGUUAUAUUAAUUUCAAAUACUUGGAUUAAAUCUUACAACAGCAAUAUUGUUUUUCACGGCAGCACUUCUGAGGAAUGUGCUAUUAAUUCACAUUUUCUUAAGACUGUUUUUUUGUACAUUGUGGAUCAGUUAAGUCAGAAGUGUUUAAAUAUCCAAGGUUUGUGAUGGUAUAGCCAGAUACUUUUAAACUUGUGUAUAUAUACUGUAUAUACAGAUAUAUACACUUUCAUUGUUAAAAUGUUCUGCAUAAUUGCUGAUAAUUACAAUUACAAAUGUACAUUUUACAUUAUUGAUAUCUUUUGAUGUGUGAUUUUGUUCAGAAUUCAAGACAAAACAUUGAUAAUGAUUUGUAAAUACUUUCUAAAUCUUUAGCCUCAUUUACUUAUCGUAGUCUAAAAAGUCACAUAUUUAUUCCAUGUAUAAAUUAAAAAUGCAGUCUUGCUGUUCGUUGUAUAUCGUCUUCACUGUUGCUGUGUAUUUAUGAACUGUUUUCUCUGCUUUUGCUUUUCAAAAGGAAUAAAAACUACAAUGUCAUUAGUGUUUUUAGGUAUUUUUAUGAUUAGACCAUGUGUGUAGAAGAGUAUGAAUUGGCAGUGGAGACAUUUUUGUAACACUGCACUUCUUAAACCUAGUUCGAGUUCCAGCCUGGAUAUUUGGAAAUGAUUGUCCUGCUUUGAUGUUUCUUUCUUGCUUUUAAAUAGUAUUCGGUUUUUAGCCUGUUUAGAUACACCCAUACCGUAAGGUUUUAAGUCAUUCAGAACAGCAGAGCAAUCCAUGCAGUAAUGCUCACUUACUCAGGCAGAUGGUAGAAAGUACUGCUAAAAAUAAUUGACAUUCACUGUUAGAAUUCCCUCUGAUAGGCGGACAUUCAGAGGUCUGCUUCAGAUGACUUGUUCCAGUGGCUGGAACUUGGGAUGCCUUGCUUAGGCCACCUUGCAGUGUUGUCUCCGUCACACAACUGGCCAAUAUAAUUUGCACUUGAUUUGUUUUAUCUCAUAGAGCUGUGAAUUUACCUGGUGUAUUUCCUCUUCAAAAUGGUUGUUCCCAAUAAAUUCUCAAUUCAAUAAAUCGAU